UAGGCACUGCUUCGGCGGGCCCGGAGCAAACAUGGCGGCAGCGGCGUCCUUCCGGAAAGCCCGGGCCGCGCGGCACGCACGCGCAGUAGGGGCCGCGCGGGCCGUGCCCGGGUUGGGUGAGCACUGGGAUGGCGGAGGGGAGCUCGGGCGGCGACGGCAGCGCGGGGGGCGGCCCCCGCCCGGGUCUGCCCGGGGCGCGGGGGCUGCUCGGGAGGCGCCCGCCGGCCCCCCUCAGCCCUGGGCGCCUGCCCUCCAUCCGCUCCCGCGACCUCACCCUGGGAGGCGUCAAGAAGAAAACCUUCACCCCCAACAUAAUUAGCAGGAAGAUCAAGGAGGAGCCCCGCGAGGAUGUCUCCGUCAAGAAGGAGAAGAAGGAGCGGGAGCGGGACCGGCAGCGCGACGGGCACGGCCGCGGCAGGGGCAGGCCGGAGGUCAUCCAGUCCCACUCCAUCUUCGAGCAGGGCCCGGCCGAAAUGAUGAAGAAGAAAGCCGGCUCCUGGGACAAGACCGUGGACAUGUCGGACUUCGGCCCUUCCCACAUCAUCAACAUCAAGAAGGAGAAGAGGGAGACGGACGAGGAGACGAAGCAGAUCCUGCGCAUGCUGCAGAAGGACGACUUCCUCGACGACCCCGGGCUGAAGAACGACAUGCGGAACAAGCCGGUGCAGCUGCCGCUGGCCCACUCGGGCUGGCUCUUCAAGGAGGAGGCCGCCGAGCAGGAGGACGCCCAGCCCUGGCCCCCCGGCCCCAAGGAGGAGAAGAUGGAGGUGGACUUGCCGGCGGUGAAAGUGAAAGAAGAGCCGUGCGACGGCGAGGAGCCCAAGGAGGCCCUGCCGGCGGCCAGGCCGGCGCAAGCCAAGGGCCCCCCCGGGUACCCGCGGGACGUGGCGGUGGCGGAGCUGCUGCAGCGGCUGAGCCUGUCGCAGGAGGAGGAGCUGCUCUUCCUGCAGCUGCCCGACACGCUGCCCGGGCAGCCGCCCACGCAGGACACCAAGCCCGUCAAGACGGAGCUGCAGAACGAGGAGGGCCAAGUGGUCGUGGUGAAGCAGGAGAAGAGCCAGGAGGCGAGGCAGGCGGAGAACACCUGCACCCUGGCCGACCUGCCGGAGGGGCAGGUGGGGAAACUGCUCAUCCGCAAGUCGGGAAAGGUGCAGCUGGUGCUGGGCAAGGUGACCCUGGACGUGACCAUGGGGACGGCCUGCUCCUUCCUGCAGGAGCUGGUGUCCGUCGGCAUCGGCGACAGCCGCACGGGCGAGAUGAUCGUGCUGGGCCACGUGAAGCACAAGCUGGUCUGCUCCCCGGACUUCGAGGCCCUGCUGGAGCACCGGCACCGGUAGCGGCAGGUCCCCGGCCCCGCGCCAGCGGCCCUUCGUGCCGGCCCUCCCCGUCCGGGAGGCCGUGCGGUGCCCCGACCCUCCGGGUGCCUUCGGGAUGCGGAGCAGCGUCUUUUGCAAGCUCAGACGUGCGGCGCCGACACCGGCAUCUCCUCUGCUCCUCGGGGGGAGCCGCGCCAGGGCCGGGGGCUCCAGCUGCCUCCCCCGGACCCGCUGCCCCCGUUGCAGGUGGGACAAGUGACGUGGCUGCGUGCACAGGGCCUCUUUCACCAAUUUCUAGCUCAGGGGCCGCGUGGGACCCUCAGGGGCCCCCCUGGGCUCUCCGGCAGCGCCCUGCGCCGUGCACCCACCCGUGCUCACGGACGGUGAGAAAAGCAAGAAUAAAAGUCUCCUUCCCCCCG